AUGAAGAAAGAUAAUAUUAAAGUAUUCCAAGACAAGAAAAAUAGAAAAUCGCACAAUCAAAAGAUUCGUGAUGCACAUAUUUUACGUGAACAAGAAAAAGAAGCAGCUAAACAAGCAAAAGAAAUUCAUCAACAAGAUACCAGUGCUGCUAUUGCUCGAUACAAACGCAAUAAACAAUCUCGCUUAAAAAAACUAACAAAAAAGACACGCCGUGGUCAACCUGUUAUGCAAGGACAAAUUGAAUUGUUGCUUGAUAAAAUUCAAGAACAAAAACAAAAGGAAAAGCAAUAA